AUGUCCAGGUACAUAUACUUCUCUUUGGCAUCUUUAUCUGCGCUUCCCAAUGUAGUAACAGACGCUGAAGCAGCGGCUGAGCUCUGGAAGGUUUUGUCUGAAGCUUUUCUUCUGCUGCCUCCCACCUGCUCCUCCAGUCCUCUGGGCCAAUGUGUGUCGGCAGGAGACCAGGGGAACGAGGCUCCUCACAGCGAGGAGAUGAUGAAGGAGAAGCUGGAGACAGAAAAUUCACAGGUUUGGGACCAGAAACCAGGAAACAGGAACCAGGAAACAGGAACCAGGGACCAGAAACCAAGGACCAGGAACCAGAAACCAGGGACCAGAAACCAGAAACCAGGCACCAGAAACCAGGAACCAGAAACCAAGGACCAGAAACCAGAAACCAGGGACCAGGCACCAGAAACCAAGGACCAGGAACAAGGAAUCAGGGACCAGAAACCAGGAACCAGGAUCCAGAAAUCAGAAACCAGGAAAAAGGAACCAGAAACCACCCAUCGAGGAAACGAGGAGCUGAGGAGCCCAUCGAGGAAACGAGGAGUCAAGGAGCCCAUCGAGGAAACGAGGAGUCAAGGAGCUGAGGAGCCCAGCGAGGAAACGAGGAGCCAAGGAGCCGAGGAGCCCAGCGAGGAAACGAGGAACCAAGGAGCCGAGGAGCCCAGCGAGGAAACGAGGAGCCAAGGAGCCGAGGAGCCCAUCGAGGAGCCAAGGAGCCCAGCGAGGAAACAAGGAGUCAAGGAGCCGAGGAGCCCAUCGAGGAGCCGAGGAGCCCAUCGAGGAGCCGAGGAGCCCAGCGAGGAAACGAGGAGCCCAGCGAGGAAACGAGGAGCCAAGGAGCCGAGGAGCCCAGCGAGGAAACGAGGAGCCAAGGAGCCGAGGAGCCGAGGAGCCCAGCGAGGAAACGAGGAGCCAAGGAGACGAGGAGCCCAGCGAGGAAACGAGGAGCCAAGGAGCCGAGGAGCCCAGCGAGGAAACGAGGAGCCAAGGAGCCGAGGAGCCCAGCGAGGAAACGAGGAGCCAAGGAGCCGAGGAGCCCAGCGAGGAAACGAGGAGCCAAGGAGCCGAGGAGCCGAGGAGCCCAGCGAGGAAACGAGGAGCCAAGGAGCUGAGAAGUCCAUCAAGGAGCCAAGGAGUCUAUCGAGGAGCCCAGCGAGGAAACGAGGAGCCAAGGAGCCCAGGAGCCCAUAG